AUGUCGCAGCAUCCACAAUUGCAGACGAGAGCUUUGGCUGACUUCGAAAGCUGCUCCGAAUACGAGGAGGAGGCAAAGAGAAGCCUCUCUGAAUCCAGCUGGGGCUAUAUAGCCGGAGGGGAGAGCGACACCAUCCAGCGCAACCUGGAUGCUUUCAAGUCCUUCGCGCUGCGACCGCGGAUUCUGCGAGAUGUCUCUCACAUCAGUGUUGACUGCCGUAUCUUCGGAAAGCGCUGUGCAACUCCGAUAUAUCUCAGCUCACUUGCCAAGGGCGGCUUGGUUUCCAGUGGUGGCGAGGCUACCUUCGUCCGUGCUGCGGCCAGGUGUGGGACCAGGUUCAUCGUUCCGUCCAUAUCAAGUGUUCCCCUGCGUGAUGUAUGGGCAGCAUCCGAAAGUUGCGAUCUGGCUUUCCAGUUCUACCUUCUGGGAGACGAAGCUUCCAGUAUCGAGCGGCUACAGGAAGCGAUUUCGCUCGGUGCAUCUGCCAUCGUUGUUACAGUUGAUGCCAAUGCUCCUCGAAAGGGUGCGCUUUUCCGGGCGACGGCUGGUGCGACGGGGGUCUUUCCGAGCCCGAGGCUGUCUUGGUCUCGACUGGCGGAGCUCAAGGCAAUGCUGCCAAGAGGGAUGCCGAUGUAUUUGAAGGGAGUCCAGACCGCGGAGGAUGCUUUGGAAGCUGUAGCGCUAGAUGUGGCAGGCAUCAUCGUGUCGAACCAUGGGGGUCGAGCAUGUGCAGAUUCGAUGGCGGCCUUGCACUGCCUGGAAGACGUAGCUUCAGCUCUGCGUGCUGCGGGGGUGCUUGGGAAGAUCGAGCUUUACUUCGACAGUGGUGUGCGGAGUGGCCGAGAUGCUUUGAAGGCGUUGUGUCUUGGAGCCACAGCUGUUGGGAUCGGCCGUCCGUAUUACUGGGCCGCCGCUUGCCACGGAGAAGAUGGUAUCGUAGCCCUCUUGCAGAUGCUCACUUCAGAGCUGCAACAUGCGAUGGCUCAAAUCGGUGCAAGCACUUUGCAUGUACUGUCUCCUGACAGCUUGUGCCGCGUCGUGCCGGCACCUUCCAGACUGUAA